AUGUUCUGGUGCCUGGCCGAAGCAAAGCGGGAGGAAACUCGUGCGUGGUUCGGAAAGGCAGGCCGAAAUGUUGCCAUCUCCCUGGCCCAUGAUGCCCGAAAAACUGUUAUUGCUGUCCGAUAUGUGGCUUGCAACAAACAGCUCGAAACAAGAUCUGGCUUGGUUGGUCUGAUAUCAGGCUGCGGUGAUGCAACUGCAUAUUCAAACCAGAUAGUCCGAAGCAUGCGGCAGCUGUUCAGCUACGGUGCAGGCGGUUUGGACCCGACGGGCGUGCUCGAUGAGGCAGCCUUGCAUGACUUCCAGCGCUCAGUCCGAUGUAUGUCGGCCGAUGGGGCUCCUUACGCCCAGAAGGUCCGAAUCAUUCUCGAGGGUGUGCAGGCCGAGUUUCCCGAUCAGGAACUGGUCAGUCAGCUCGAGGCUCUUGCGCCUAGCAUGUGGAGUUCGCUCAAGAACUUUGGCCCUUCAGCUCCAGAACAGGCAGCAAAAGUACGCAGGAAGGCCGAGCUAGAGGGUAAGUUCCGCAAACUCGCGACAUGCUUGGGUUUGCCUGCUGCGGAAGCCUUUGCUCAAUUCCAACAGGUGCAGGACUGA